ACAAAAAAUUCUUAGUUCACUCAAGAAGAAAAUACACAACUGAGCUUCUUCGUCCUCUUCCAUGGCGACGGCGCUCCUUCAAAAUCCCUAAUUCCAGUAGCUUCGACUUUGCUGGCAAGUCGUUUUUCUCUCAAUAUGAUUGCAAUUGCACGCAAAUAUUUCUCCUCUUUGUUUAUUAAACCUAAUUCAUUUUCCUGCAACUCCUCAAUCCACCCCUUUUCCACUUGGAAGCUCAAAAGACUAAUCCCUGUCCCUGAAAUCUGCGAUGUUUUGGUCAAUAAACACCAAUUUUCUCCUGAAUUGGCUUCACUCGCUUCAUCGCGUUUACCUAAAUUUAGAGAUCCCCAAAGAGCUGAUUUAGCGCUAUCAUUCCUCAAAGAGAACAGCUUUACGACUACUCAGCUGCAGAAGCUUGUCAUAUCUAAUCCUCGGGUUCUAGGGUUUACUAUUGAGGGUUUGAAAUCCAGAUUGAAAGUGUUCCAAGAUUUGGGGCUUUCUUCCGAUGACAUUGCCAAGAUGAUUUCCAGUAAUCAGGCGAUUUUAAAUUCAAGUAUGGCGAACAAGAUCGUUCCUAAUUUGUCGAUGCUAAAGGGCUUGCUGGGAUCCAAUGAUGAUGUGGCCAGACUAUUGAAAAGAUGCUCCUGGUUUUUGUUAUAUGAUUUGGAGAAAACCUUAAUGCCAAAUGUUGAAAUCUUGAAGAGGUGUAGCAUUCCGAUGGAGCGCAUCCUUUACUUCAUCUACACUCGUCCGAGAGUUUUCUUGGCUAAGGCUGACACCAUGAUGAAAUCUGUAGAAAAGGCCAUAGAAUUUGGGUUCCCUCACACUACAUUUGCUUUUAUCCAAGCUGUUGCCGUUUUUAAUUGUACAAGCGAAGGGAUGUGGGAAGCCAAGUUGCAAAUACUCCGUGAUUUGGGGUUUUCUGAUAAUGGUAUCGUCGCAAUGUAUAGGAAGCAGCCUAUUACUUUUUCAGCAUCUGGAAACAAAUUAAAGAAAAAAAUAGAGUUUCUUCUUGCCACUGGGAAGUACAAUAUUGCCAAUAUUGUAACUUGUCCAGUAACACUUGGGUGCAGUAUCGAGAACAGGCUUGAGCCGAGGUUGCAAAUUUUGAGACUUUUGGAAAGCAGGAAUCUGAUUCAAAAGUGGCCAGUUCUUUCAGGUUUCAACUGAUAUUGGCCAACAUGUUUUGUUGCGUUUCUGCUCAAAGUUGCGAUAUUGUGUAGCGUCUUCUUGUUCUUGUUCUGAUUGCUCGUCCUGAGAUUAGAAACACAGGUGUUGGUUCUUCUGACUGUAAUUGUGUUUAUUGCCUUGUUAGUGAUGUUACUCUACUCCUAAUAUUGUGUUAGUCUUGGAUCUUUAACUGGUACAUAUUUAACAGAGUUAUGUACAUGUCUUAUUUUUUUAAUAUCAUAUAGAGCGAAGAAUAUGCAAAAGAUUUAUUCCUUCUUGUUUAAAGUAUAUGGUUAGUUAAUGUAAAAGAUUAAGUUUCUGAGGUUAGUAUAUUAGUGUGAUAAGAUUUGAUUUCACAAGCCACAACCUUGUACUGGUAAAUGUCGAUUAAAUCAUUAGUGUGAACUUUUAUCUUGAAUUACAAUUCCUCGUAGCAAGUUGUUUGGGCAAUUGUUCGUGACUUAUCAAACUAACUUUCGUAUUUCGUAUUCAACUACUUUUCUCAUUAUCUCUUACUUCACAAAUUAUGCAUGAAAAUUAGCAUCAUUCCCAAUUAGUCUAUUUCUAUAGAAACGGAAAGAGUACUUAAUUAACGAGUAAUUUGAUCUAGGGCUAAUAAAAGAAAUACCCAGAAGUCAGAACAAAUAAGUGAAUAACACAAAUAGUAAAUAUUGCUAUUUAAUUGCUAAUCACCGAAUAUGUGGAGUAAUUAGUUUUAGCUUGUACUAUUAAUACAAUGAUAACAAUUUUGUAAAUUUCUCAUUUUACGUUCCCCACAAAGAAGGAAAAUAAACAACUGAGCUUCUUCGCUCUCUUCCACGGCGGCGGCGGCGGCGGCGCUCCUUCAAAAUCCCUAAUUCCAGUAGCUUCGACUUUGCAGGCAAGUCGUUUUCCUCUCAACAUGAUUGCAAUUGCACGCAAAUGUAUCUCCUGUUUGUUUAUUAAACCUAAUUCAUUUUCCUUCAACUCAAAUGUGCUCUCAAUCCACCUCUUUUCCACGUGGAAGCUCACAAGACUAAUCCCUGUCCCUGAAAUCUGUGAUGUUUUGGUCAAUAAACACCAAUUUCCCCCUGAAUUGGCUUCACUAGCUUCAUCGCGUUUACCUAAAUUUAGAGAUCCCCAAAGAGCUGAUGCAGUGCUAUCAUUCCUCAAAGAGAAUAGCUUUACGACUACUCAGCUGCAGAAACUUGUCAUAUAUAGACCUCGAUUUCUAAUGUAUACUAUUGAGGGUAUUGAAUCCCGAUUUAAGGUGUUCCAAGAUUUGGGGCUUUCUGCCAAGGAGAUUGCCUAGAUGAUUUCCGGUUAUCAGAGGAUUUUACAUUCAAGUAUGGCGAAGAGGAUAGUUCCCAAUUUAUUGAUGCUCAAGGGCUUGCUGGGAUCCAAUGAAGAUGUGGCCAGACUUUUGAGACGAUGCCCCUGGUUUAUUGUAUCCGAUUUGGAGAAAACCUUAAUUCCAAAUGUGGAAAUAUUGAAGAGGUGUAGCAUACCAAUGGAGCACAUCCAUCACUUAGUCUACACUCACCCGAGAGGUUUCUUGAUCAAGCCGGAUAUUAUGAGGAAAUCUGUAGACAAGGCAAUAGAGAUUGGGAUUCCUCUGACUUUAAUUGCUUUUAUCCAUGCUGUUGGUGUUUUUAAUCAUACGAGCGAAGAGAUGUGGGAAGUCAAGUUGCAAACACUCCGUGAUUUGGGGUUUUCUGAUGGAGGUAUAGUCACAAUGUUUAGGAAGCACCCUAUUGUGUUUUCAGUAUCUGGAGACAAAUUGAAGAACAAAAUAGAGCUUCUUCUUGCCACUGGGAAGUACUAUUGCUGACAUUGUAACUUGUCCAGUAGCACUUGGGUGUAGUAUCGAGAACAGGCUUGAGCCGAGGUUGCAGAUCUUGAGACUUUUGGAAACUAGGAAUCUGAUCGAAAAGUGGCCAGUUCUUUCAGCAGUUUCUAUCUUCACAGAUGUUCGAUUUUUUGACAGGUUUGUUAGGCCUUAUUGUGAUGUGAUUGGCGAAGAGCACAUCACGAAGGUAUUUGUCGAGGGGAGAAAGAGAUGAAACUUUGUAAGCAGAUGCUUGAUGAGUUUGUAUGAAUUAGUCACUCAUUGACAUUGUGUAGUUUGUUCGUGUUCUGAUAGCUCGUGUUGAGUUUAGCAACAUCGGAGUUGCUUGUUCUGAUCUGAUUUCCUAUCACUGUUAGUAAUUACUAGUAGUAUGUGUUUUUUGCGUUGUUAGUGAUGCUGUUCCACUCCUAAUAUCGUGUAAACCUUGGAUUUUUAAUAGGGGAAAAAUGAUAAUGCAACUUAA